UUAUUCCUUCCCGAAGGGAGAAAGAGCGAGCGAUGAGAAGCAGUGGCGAGGGGCGCUCGGUGUGAAGGAGGAAAUCUCACAGCUGGCUUUAGCGUUUCUCUUGUAUGCAAUCCCAUCAAUAAAAUGGCAACUCUAAAGAAUACGGAAAACACUUCAGCUGAAUAUACCACCUCACCUAUUCGUGGACCUGGUGAUGGCAUGGAAACAGAGCAACCUCCAAAAUCUGUUGAAGUAAUCCCCACCACAACGAGCCAUGCCCAUCGAAGCCCACACAAGAAACUUCUUCCAUCACUGAGUCCUGGAGUUCUUCAGCUGGGGAGAGUAUAUGGUGACAAGGCUGUGGAAAUUGAAGUUGUACGCAUAGUGGUUCCUAAAGCUGCUAUAAACCACAUGGUACCUGUUAAAAAUGCUAAAGCAUCCAAAUCUGCAGGUCACCAAAAAGAACUCAGUCUGUCAGAUGGAAUAUCAUCAGAUACUAAGAAAGAACUGCUGGAAAUAAGAAGUGAAAUAGGGAAACUUAAGAAUUCAGAAAAGAGAUUGUUACAGGAUAAGGAAGGCCUUUCCAAUCAACUCCAUGUACAAACAGAGGUCAAUCGGGAGUUGAAAAAGUUGCUUGUUGCUUCUGUUGGAGAUGACCUGCAAUAUCAUUUUGAGCGUAUGGCACGUGAAAAAAAUCAACUGAUUCUUGAAAAUGAAGCCCUUCGGCGGAAUGUGUCUCAGCUGUCUGAGCAGUUAGAACGGAUGUCUAUACAAUGUGAUGUUUGGCGGAGCAAAUUCCUAGCAAGCAGAGUCAUGUCUGAUGAGUUGACUAACUCCAGAGCAGUUCUCCAGCGUCAGGCCAGAGAUGCGCAAAGCGCAAUUCAGGAUCUGUUAAAUGAACGUGAUCAGUUUCGCCAAGAAAUGAUUGCUGCACAAAAAUUAUUAGAGGAGCUCCUGGUUUCUCUACAGUGGGGAAGGCAGCAGACAUACUAUUCUAGCACGCAUCCUCAUAGUACGAUGGAAUUGGCUGCUGUAAAUCAUAAACUUGCUAGAGCAGUGACUUCACAUCUACUUGGAAACUCCAAUAGCACUAACAGUCCAAAAAAUGGCUCUUCAUCUGCAGAACACUGCAACACCCCUGCUGAAAAAAUGGCUGAAAUGGUAUUAAGAAUGCUGGAUUCUGGCACAUGUACAGAAGUAUCAGACCUUCCUUUUUCUGAGCCUUCAACAGCAUCUUUUCUUUCCUCAAAGAAAAAUAUUGGACGGUUUCACCCCUACACUAGAUAUGAGAACAUAACUUUCAACUGUUGUGAUCACUGCCAGGGAGAAUUACUUGUUCUUUAAAAAAAUUCUGUUCAAUAGCAAUGGCUUUUGAUUCUGAAAAGGCAUACAAUCUCUGUGUGCAUUUAUUUUCUGUACUUUUAUCCAAUGAGGAUUGGAUGUUUGUGCUAGAAAUAUAUUCUUCAUAAAGCUUUCAGGGCUUUAAUGUUCUAUUCUCAAAUUCUUCUUUGUGGCAGAUUGGAUUUGUAAUGUAGUGUAAAUUGUUUUUCAAGGCUAAUUAAGAAUGUAUUAGAACAAUAUGUUCCAUACUGUACUGUACACAGAUCUUUGAUAGAAUUUGCAUACCAACUUUUCUUCUUUAAAGAAGAACUUGAGAGUAUUAGAAAUGUCCCAUGAAUGUCAAAUAUUCAAUUCCUGGAAAAGAUGUAGAUGCUGAUUUCUAUUAUGUGAACUAUUUGAUUUUAGAAUUAUGGUGCAUGUAGCACACAAGUAUUUUCUACCAUUUAUUUCCAGUGUUACAGUAGCUGUUACAUGGGCAGAUGAAAAUGCAUACUUUAAGGAAAACUUAAAAUGCUUAUUUAGGUGGAAUCUGUGCUUAAAGAUCACAAGUGGUAGAGUUGACUUGCUGAGAUUAAAUUAAUUCUAAAGUGCAAUAGGUAUAUACAAUAUACAAGACACAAAAUUUAUGUCAAAGAGUUGCAACGGCAUUUGUAUGCAAACUACUGGAGAGGUGCUUCUCAGUUCACCUUUUCUACAGAAAGGGCUUUUAACAAACUUGGAAUGAAUAUCCAAGGGAUUUUGUGAAAAGCUUUUAGUGGUGCUAUUAAAUGUGGUUGGACUGCUCUUCUA